UCAAAAAAAGAGAAGUAGAAAGACGUUGUUCUCUUCCUUGUUUCGCUUUGCUUCCGAGUUGCGGCAAAGACAUGGCGAUGACCGUCGAAGGUUAGCUGGACUUGCUUUUAUGUUUUCUGCUAGCAUUCUGCUUCAAAUCCUGGCAUGUGCUUUAUACAACAAUUGGUGGCCUAUGUUAUCAGCUCUCAUGUAUGUGGUGGUGCCUAUGCCCUGUAUGUUCUUUGGAGGUGGUUCCACAAGUUUCUUGACCAGCAGGGAGGGUGGGGGCUGGAUUAAUGCAGCGAAAUUCUUGACGGGCGCUUCCGCUGUUGGAAGUAUUGCUAUUCCAGCAAUCCUGAGGCAUGCCAACAUGAUUGAGACGGGAGCUAUGUUCAUAGAGUUCGUCUCCUUUUUCAUUCUCAUCUGUACAGUUCUUUGUUUCCACCGAGUUAGCCUCGAUGAGGAUUGGUAGUAAGCUGCCGGAGAGGAUCAACCAAAGAAAUGAAGAGACAUGUAACACCAUGUAUUGCUUGUGUACAGUUAUUGCAUAUAUUUUCUCUCACUGGAAAAAGGUAAUGGCAUGGCGCACUUUGAUGUAUUUCACUGGGACAAAUGAACCAUUUUUUAAAGAACCGGAGCAGCCAGUUUGAGCUCUUCAUCUAA